AUGUGGAGCAAUUUUGAGGCAUCUGCAGUGGAGGAUGAAACCAUUUCAAAUGCCUUCUCUUCGCGCAGUGUAUUCAAAAUAAGCAGUGAAGAUGAGGUUGCAAAUUAUCCUGCGAUUCAGGCUGCUGUGCAAAGUGGCAAAAUGGUGAUAUCCAUCGAUAAGAGCCUUCUAUUGCUUGAAGAUGAGCUGAUAGCCAAGUGCAGCUUUCUAAGUUUUGGCGCAAACAUCGAUGCAAUUGCCAUAUCCAACAGCGGAAAUCUUAUUGUGUGUGGACUAACUGAUGGGGAAGUGCAUGGCGUAUAUAUAAAGGGCUUGCUACUGUUUAGUGUAUGCAUUAAAGUGGAAGAUGCUAGUCUCAGCAGCGGCACCUUUACGAGCAUUCAGCAAUUGGGAUCGCACUUUUACUUCACAUGUAAAAAUGGCAGUGUCUACUGUCUGAGCGAGAUCAAUGAAGCUCAUUUAGAAUCACUAGCCAAUGUCAUGUUGAAUGAUAAUGAGAAUAUGACAGCACUUCUAGAUGAUGUCACCAUUGAGCGCACAUCCUCUGGUCGAGCUGCUAGCUGCGUGGAUAGUGCGCUGCUGCUCAAGCUGCCAACUACACAUGCCUAUGCGGUCAACAAUCAGGAAACACCGCGUGCUGAUCAUGAUUUGAUUUUAACUGGCACGCAAGACACUUUCAAUUUUAAAACCGUUUCCAAUGAUGUGACACGCAUCAAUUUACCCAAGCACUUGGGCAGCAUCAAGAACAUUUACAAUGUGGACAUCUAUGUAAUUGCACUGACGGAAUCGGGUCAUCUGUUGGAGAUUUGUCCAUUUACACGCACCUUCAGCUUCACUCAAUCGGCCUUGAGUCGUGCGCUGCUCAUAGAGGAUUUAUUGGUUAUGGAGUCCAGCGACGAGCAUGUGGAAUUCUUGAUACUUACCAAGCCCACAGCUGACGGUGAACGUUUCAUAAAAUUUAUCGAAUAUCCUUCGUUUAAAUGCAAAAACGAGGUCGAAGUUCCACUGCAUGCCUGGCUUAUAAGGCAACCCAAAAGUGCCGUCAAUUUGUAUUAUCUAGCGGCUAGAGCAGGUAAAGAAUGUGAAAUCCCUUCAGAGGUGGAGAUGAUGAUGGUAUCCGAGACAGAUCCCAGUGAUCGCUUUAAAAAACUGAUAGCCAAGGGGCGCCUGGAUGAGGCGGAGGACUUUGGCAUACAAUUUGAGCUAUGCCUGCAACCCAUCUAUGAGGCCAGAGCCAAGCGUAUUCUUGUCGAACUCUGCAAUGCCAACGCCCACAGCACACAGCCCAAUGAGUUGGAAGAAAAGUUUCAAUUGCUGCUCAACCUGCUGGGUCAGAUUGAAAGCAAAGCCUUUAUUAAAAAUAAUCGCAUGAUUAACUUAAGCUCGCGUCAAAUUUUGGAGCGUUACCUAAAAGAAAUUCGCAAGAGAUUGGAUUUUGAGGACGAUGAGCAGCAUAUGCUGGAAAUAGAUGAGCAGCUGCAUCGUCUCAAGACGCUUGAUAUCAUCGAUCCCUACGAGUGCAACACUGAGUGGCAAAAGUUUGUAUACAACACGAAUCUGGUGAGGGUGAUCAAGGGAAUGUUUAGCACCGAUAUGCCCACUGCUUGCCUGAUUUGGCGUCGUCAUUCGAGCUGCGUUUUACCGCAUCUAAGCGAGGAUGAAUUGCGCACAUUGUUGGGCUUCAUACCUAGCACAACAGAGCCACUAAACGUGGUACUGUGGUUGCGUCAAUUUGUGCCAAUGGUCAGCAAUACUCAUCCCAAAAUUAUGCCAUUUAUAACGGACUGGAGCAUUGAGAUGACACGCAAGCUGCAAUAUAGCGAACACUGGCCCGAUAUUGGCUUAGAAUUUGCUAGCAAUAUCUUGGAAAUAUUCGAAGAAGUUAAAUUCAUCUACUCUGAUGUGGAGCGGCAACACGAGCGUAAUAUUGGCAAGCUGCGUGAUUUGGUCAAUGCGCUGCAAGACUUAUCAGUAUUAAAGAAGAUCUAUAAGCUUGGUUUUACGCUGGAUAACUAUAUGGAGGACUCACUAGAUGGCAUUGCAUUGCGCAUAUUGCAGCGCGUGCAUUUAGAUAAUAUACAGAGUCUAGUUAAGGAUUUUCUCUAUCCCAUUUAUCAGGAGAAAGGCCGCCAGCCAUUAAAUGCCAUCAAGCAGUAUAUAGGCCAAUUGGUGUCCAAUCGCCAAUCGCUUAGCAAUUGGCUUGAGCGUGCUAUGGCUUGCGUCGAGCUCCUGCAUAAUGAGGAUAGUCGUCUAGAAAGCGCUCUGUCGAUACUACAGAAUGCACCAGUGCCUUGGCCCGAAACGCUAGCUCCUCUCAUAAAACUGCGCAAUUCCACUCAUCCACUUAGCAUUAAGAUCAAUGCCGAAUAUGAGAUUCAAGUGAUAAAGAUCAUGAAAGUGAAGUAUGGCUGGCCAGCGGAUAGUGCUGUUGACAUCAAUCUCGAGCUAUUUAUGAUGCGCAUUGUCAAACUUAAUUUGCCGGACAUGUUGCAGGAUAUACGCACGUUGACCAGAGCUGCACCAGAGAUUUCGACGAGUGCUAAUUUUAAUUGUUGCUAUCAGAUGGCUCGGCGUGGUCAAAUUGAAAUGGCCUACGAGUUCUUCAAGUCGUUAAACAGUAAAAAUAAUGAUAAUCAAUGCAAAGAUGUUGUUGACAUCCUGACCAAUAUGCUCGAGAUGAGCUCCGGUUCAUUUGUGAAUGAAGCCAAGAUACAGGAGCAUAUUAAUCUGUUAGAGUUGUUCAAGCUUACGCUGCCCCAUGUGGACCCAAUUUAUAUGCAUCGGUAUUUUCUCAUUAAGCAUUGUUUCCAACUGCGCCAAAAGUUCAAUUUGCAGUUGCAGAGCAGCAGUGAGUUGAUACCAUUGCAAAAGCGUAUAGAGCUGCUCCAUAAGGGUAUCGAGUUGAUCAUGUCACGUGCCCAGGCAACUCUGAAUGUAUGCGCUUUUAUAGUCAACGAAAUGGGUGAGCUAUGUGCUGCUCUCAAUUUGGAAAAAGUGCAAGGACUUUUGUGCAUUAGCCAGCGCAUGAACUGUCUGCAACUCAGCUGUGCCCUGGCACACCAUAUUCUGGAGUUCAUCGACUGUGUGCCAGCAAAUAGCAACGAAUUUAUAAACUUUGCCAUUGAGUUGCUGGCGCAGCAAAUCAGUGAGGCCAAAACUAAUGGCCAUGAUACCUAUACAUCGCUGCAGCAGCUCAAUGAUACUGAUCCUUUGUGCUUUCCGCUGGCGUACGAGCUGCUUACCGAAGCUAUGUUGCAUGAGCAUCGUCGCCAACGCGAUCUUAACGAGCUGAUUAAGUAUGUGCGUGUUGCUGUCAUACACUAUCCAAUGGAUGCUAUAGAGACGCACUAUUUGGGCAAAGAGCAGAGUAUUAAUGAUCAAAUCUGCCGUGCAUUAGAUGGGUCUCCGAUUGCCUUGGGAGAGACAACGCUUAAUUUCUCCAUGGCGCUCAACAACUCCAUUGAAAUUAAACCUGUUGUAGAGCCAACAUCAAAGAAACGUUACUCGGUCUCCAUGUUCGAGGAGAUCGAUGUGCAGCCACAGCAACAACCGCAACAGAAGAAACGGAUUAGUGGCAGCUUGCCGAUUGUGAAGUUUAUGGCUCGUACGCUGCUGCUCAUGAUAAUUGAGACGGAUUCAAAUAACUCGUUGCUGCAGCAACUGAAACAGCUACUACCAGAAAAUGUUAAGAACGAUGUUGAUGGUGCACGCACUGAUUUCUUCUUAUCGUUGGAGCAUUUGACCAAAGCGAAGGAGCAUGAUGUGUGGUACAUUAUGUCCCAAUAUCUGCUAGAAUAUCAGAAACAGAAUCAAAGCAAAAAGAUCAUAAAUGAAGGCUUCAUUACCCUCCAAUUGCGACGCAUUCUACGCAAUGCAAUGAACAACAAGGAUGCCAACCUGAUUGAGCUUUUCACCAUGCUAACCGCGGACUCCGAGUCGCGUGCCCUGCUAGAUAAGCUAUCCAUGGAUAUAAAAACGGAUCAGCAGAAAAUACACUUCCUGACACUUUCCGCCAUGUACCAUGAGCACAUUGAUGAAAUGAAUAAUGUGGAAAUAUUGCGUGCCAAACGAAACAAACUGUAUUACUAUUUGGAGUUCUGCCAGCAAGAUCCUAGUAUUAAAGGCAAAUUCAAUGCUGAAAUGGACAACAUUGAUCAAUUGCUAAAGGAAUUCCAUAAUAAGCGACUUAAUGUGCAGCUGCUGGAGCGAAUGAGCGCUGAUUUUGGUUUGGACUAUCAAAAGAUGCUCAUCACACAAAUAUUAAGUAUUUUGAAUGCCCAGGAGCUAAGCUAUGAAAUCAAGAUCAAUGCGUUUGGCGACGAAGAGCUGGUCAUAUUGAGCAGCGUGCAAGAGAUACGUGAUAUGUGUCAGCCGUACAUAAACGAGAUCAAGAAUGUGGAUCUCUUUACAGCCAAACUGAAACAAUUCAUUGAAGAGAUCAACAUCUAUUUUUAUGAACUGUAUCUAUGUGUUAUUGAGAUACUCAUAUUUUUUGAUGCGGCGCCCAAGCAGAUGGAAACUUGGAUAAAUAUAUUGCACUUUCUGCGACACAAGAUGAACACACGUCGUCGUAAUCGACCAGGUCAACUAGAGACGGACAUGUGGUUGCAGUCUCAGAAGGAGAACGGUGUGCUCCCCAAGAUUGCGCGCUAUCGCCUGCCUUUUAAGCCGAUUGUGGAGAAGCCUUUGAAAGACAUACUUGAUAGUGAGCUUAAUGUGGACAACUGUCAGAGCUGGUUUCCUCUUAUACUUAUGUGCAUUGCCCUGAAGAACUCCAAGGAAAUAUCACAGAAUUGUGAUUACUUUUGUAUGGCAGCCGUAAAAAAUUCCAUAGCCGAGUACAAAUCGAAAAACGAUUCGGAAACUUGGAGCUUACAUCCAACCAAUAAUGCAUUCCUGAAGUCGAUCCUUCGCUUGGUCAAGAAUGUACACAGUCCGAGCAAGGUGUUCCUAAUCUUGUAUUUCGUUGCUGGCUAUGCGCCAGAGGGUGCAGAUCAGGUGGAGGCAUCUUACGAGUGCUGGAAAUAUGCCAUGGAACACGAUUCGCUGACAAAUGAUCCCAAAUGUCAAGAUCAGCUGGUGAAGAUAAAACGCAGAUAUCCCAUGCAAAAGACACAGCACUUGCUCCACGUUUAUGGUAUGACCGAUGAGAAAUUGUUGCGUCUUGUCGAACAUCCCACAGAACUCAUACACUGCCUCUACCAUCAUGAACUGAUACUCAAGUCUAGCAAGGUGGAUAUCAACGGCCUAGUCAAGGAGAUUUGUGCGCUGCACGAUCUCAUCCUAGAUGCCAUACAGUUUAAGUUGCUCCAGAAAUGGUUGUCCGUCACAAUGGAGACCAGCGAUGGCACCAUUAUGGAGGAGACCUUCCUCGAUGAUCAGAACUGGACAGAGAAUGGCACCAACGGAAAUGGCGGCGAUGAAACAGGCACUGCCAGCGAGAAUGUUGUACGAGCAUUUUACAUACUCAGUAGCUGGCCGAAAUCGGAGGCGGUGCAUUUCCUGGUGGGGCUCAUCUUUAAGGGCGGCUCUGUCAACACCUCGACACAGUUGCAGAUGUACGAAUGCUACUCCAAGCUUAAUGAUGGCAGUAAUUCCUUUAGCAACACCAUCAGCCAGCGACAGUUUAUAACGAUCAAGUGUGUUCAUGAAUUGAAGGCGCUCGGCUACAAUUCGAAUAUAGAGAAGUUUGCGGAUAACAAUUGCGAUAAGAUUAGUAUCUUAAAGAUGCUUUGGCAACGCAAUGCACAGAAUCCACUUUCGCUUGAGGUAAUGGCUGACAUUUGCCUGGGCUUCGAUAUACAUUUGCCCAAAAUCUGGAAUGGCAUACUGAAGCGCAUGGUUAUAUUUAAUAUGGUUCGUGAGCUAAAUGCAUUGGUCGAUGUGCUCAGUUGUAAACGACAGCUGUUGCAUCUCGAUGGACUCGCCCUGGCCUGGGACUGUGUGUUGUCGCAUCCGUUCAAGAAUGCAGUGCAAACACGCUCCAAUGCACUGGAGGAGCGAUUGCAAAAGAUGCUGCUACGUCUGCAGGGCUGUCCGGUUGUACAUGCUCUGAAUCUCUAUCAAUUUGCCGAGCUCUGCAUGCUCAUCCAGCGUCCACAUAUGGCAGCUGUUGUACUUAUUUUCUGCCAAAGUGCUGAGCCUCGCGAGAAGAUUAAGAACCUAAUCACGUCUAAGCCUAUGGAUAAUUUACGCCAGCAGAUUCUGGACUUGGAGGAUGCAGGCUUGCUGCCCAUGGUUCUUAACUUCGCGCUUAAGGAAUUGAAUCUCUAGAAUAUCUUAAUUUAU